CUUCCAUAUUAUAUCCAACUGUACGCCCAGGCCUGACCAAACAUCUACCACUACCAACACGUGCUUCUAGCCCGCAUCUCUACCCCUCUGCAUCUUACCUCCUCCAAUGCCUCAACAAAAGACAUCCCCACUCAAGACCUACUUCGACGAGCUUGAAGAAACCAACGGCGAUGAUGAAUGCAGGGAGUGGCUGAACAGACCCUUCGAUGCACGAGCCAAACUAGCAACAUUUGUCGCUACGCGCCGAGAAGGAGGGGGAACCGGAUCCUACGUUGAAUUCCUCAAAGGCUCCUUCAACUUCAGCUUCCGGUACACCUUCAGCGAUGGACUGCCGGACACCAUCAUCCGAUUCCCGAAGCCGGGACACACUGCCACAGCUUCCAGAGAUGAAAAGAUCACGAAUGAAGUCCAAGUCAUGGAAUACCUCCGUCAACACACGGAUAUCCCCAUCCCCCGUAUUCACAGCUGGGGCUUAACCGCCGAUAGUCCACAUAACCUUGGUCCAUUCAUCAUCAUGGACUAUGCCAAUGGAACCCUCCUAUCAACUCUCUUGAAACAGCCAGAUGAAGAAGACUUAUCUACUACCAAAUCGCCCGCUACCUACUCCCAACUUUCCCACCUCACAUUCCCCAAAAUCGGGGCUAUCUCGAAGGACAACACAUCCAACACAUGGCACGUCCCCAACCGCCCCCUAACAUACAACAUGAACGAGCUAAUUACUGUCUCUGGCUACCCUGUUGAUAAAUGGCCAACUACGCCCUUUGACCGCGCCAGCGAUUACCUUGAAUCUCUUGCGAACGAGCAUUUGACCCAUCUUCAGACUCAGCGGAACCUAGCCGACGACCCAGACAUCGCUCAAGACCGGUUCAUCGCCCGCCAUCGCUUCAAACAACUCAUCCCCAAAUACUACCCAACAGAAAACGAACCAUUCAUACUCUUCUGCGACGACAUGCGACCUUCAAAUAUGUUCAUAGACCCAAACACCCACCGCAUCACCGCCAUUCUGGACUUCGAAUUCACCAACGCCAUGCCUGCUAGUUUCACGUAUGAUCCGCCCUGGUGGCUAUUACUUUCUGGACCGGAGGUGUGGCUUGAGCGUUGUGCAUUGGACGAGUUUCUCGAACUGUUUGAGCCCAGAAUGGAACAGUUCUUGCGUGCUCUGGCGAGGGUGGAGCAUGAGAUGGAGUAUAAGCAGCCUGGUCAUCUGUCUCUUUCUGCUAGAAUGCGCGAUUCGUGGAGGACCGGUCGGUUCUGGUUUGAUUAUGCGGCAAGGAAGAGCUUUGAUGUUGAUGUUGUUUAUUGGGAUACUCUACAUUCUGCUGGUACUGGUAUUGAAGAGCUUGAUGAGGAGGCACGGGUGGAGUUGGAGUCAUUUAAGAGGUUGAAGAUGGAGCAGUUGAAGGCGUAUAAGGAGGAGUGUUUGAUAAUAUUUACGAAGAAGAUCCAAUAUUAUCCUAAGCUUCUAAAAUGUGGUCAGAGCGCUAUUGUUUAG